CCUACGGUGGCUUCGCAUCGCAAGGACCUUCUAUCAGCCGACGUUGCCUAGUGUGAGGGCAAUCUGCAAGAAGGACACAGAAGUUGUCACACGGUAUCGACUAUCGGGAGGCAUGACGACAAUCUUGUAGCGGUGCUUGCCUCAAUGGACCCUCCAGAGCGGCCGUCGAAAAGGGACCAACCUAGACUGCAGCAUCCCGACUCAAGUGUGGUGCCUUCGAGAGAAGACGAGGUUGCAAGACCCCGCAAGAAGCGAAGACUGACAAUAGAUGAGCGGCAACGGGCCGUUCGAGCGUGUGACGGAUGCCGGCGCGUGAAGGAGAAAUGUGAGGGAGGAGUUCCCUGCCGAAGAUGUGCUCACUUCCAGAGACCUUGCGAGUUUACCUCCCUGCUUUCGAGACACAACAACGGCGUUACCGGCCGCCAAAGUCCCCGUCCCUCUGAGCCCUUUGUCAACGAGCUUGUUGAGCGUUGUAUGUGCAUGGAGCGCAUCCUGAAACACAAAAUCCCUCAACUGGACCUCAGCACUCGGAGCCUUCAGCAAGAAUCGCAAGCCCUUUCCGCUGCAAACGUCUCCCGCCACGAGAACAUCGAAGGCUCCACAUCUCAGGAUGAAGGCGACAUGGAGAUCGAGGACGAGAGGUGCACAAUUGAUCCCAUCACGGAUAAUGUCGCGCACUAUUCUGGAGAGUUCUCUUACUGGAAUUUCUCCAUGCGUAUUAAGGACCAUGUGAAAGACCUUAUGGCUACAGCUAAUGAUCCGGGUUCGAAUCAGGUUCCACACUACUGGCGCGAAGGGCUUCUCUCAGAUGUACACAACGUCCGAGAAGCCCUUUCGUACUGUCCACCACGACAGAUUGCGGACUUUCUGAUGCACGUCUUCUUCAAACAUGCGGCCACCAAUUACUUCUACGUUGACAAAUCUUGGCUUGUUGACAAAAUGAACCAAGUGUACGAACGACCCUCGACUUUGUCCCCCAAGGAUGCCAGUAUCGCAGGUAUUAUCUUGAUGGUACUUGCCGUUGGAACUCAAUACGCGCAUCUGGAAUCCACCCAGGAAGGAGAUGGCGGAUGGGACACCCAUGACCACGAAGCAGGCAACAUGUUUUACCGGCAAGCAGCAAAAUUACUUACUGAUAUUAUCCACCUGGGUUCUCUGGAGAGCGUUCAAGCUUGCCUACUUUUCGGACUUUAUGCACUUCCGAUUGAUGCCUCUGGGCUUGCUUACGUAUAUUUGAACAUGGCUCUCAAAAUCGCGAUGCAAAACGGUAUGCAUCGUAAGCCUCCAGCCACUGCUUUCACCCCGACAGUGAUCGAGACAAGAAAUCGGGUGUGGUGGACAUCAUAUUGCACGGAGAAGAAAAUAGGAAUCUUCCACGGACGCCCAACGUCGGUACUGCCUUCGGAUACCGACGCAACUCUCCCUCGCGAUGAUCGAGCUGAUAUGUCAAGGAUUCCGCACAUGCUAGUAUCGAAACAACUGAUGGAUCGUCUCGGAGAAAUCUCGAAAGACAUCAUGUCGCUUCGCAAAUGCCAGAAGAACGAAUUGCCCAGCAUACUGAACCGUCUGCUGGCGAUGAAAGACAACCUCAGGAUGUGGUGGGAAAGCCUGCCGGCUGGACCAGCCGGCCAGAAGUUGUCGCCUCAAUCGCAGCAUUUCCGCCCCAAUACUCACCUGCAGCUCGAAUAUUGUUUAGUGCGCAUGUUUGCUGGAAGACCAUUCCUGCUUACUCGUAAAACGACGGCACUCACGCCAACGAGCGCCUCGGAGAGCGGAAAUUCUCCCAUCGGAAGGGCAAGCCUGAGAAGCAGACGACCGUCGACAAAUUCAAGGAACAGUUCUCGCACUUCUGUUCUCGUCGAAGACUGUGCUCAAGCUGCAAAGGAGGCGAUCGAUAUCUGCUCUUCUCUACGAGAGUCAGGCGUCGGCCUCGCCAGGGCAUCGUACGUCGAAUACAGUGCUUGUCGCGCUUCUCUUCUGGUUCUCAUCGCGUAUUGCAUACAAAAUCAGACGGACGAAUUCUACGAGACUCUGGAGAAAGGUCUCGAUAUAAUCCGCGAAAUGUCAACGGUUGGCGAGUCCGCAAGGAGUGAAGUCUUCUUAAUCGAGGCUCUAGAGCAAGCGCUAAAGCGUUUGCACUUCUUCGGCGACAAGACAAAAGGACCGAAAUCUUCCGACCUCCAUCCGACUGCCGCUGGAUAUGAAAAGUUCAGGCAAUGGACGAGAAGCACGACAUCCAGAGAUAGAGCGGAUGCUUCAAGUCAUGACUCGGCUGGUACGAAUCUGCUCGAAGAGUCGUCGCUUCGCACAAUACCGACGGACGUGCUGGGGUGGAGGACAUCUCGUGGCAACGGCCAUGCUAUGCAGGAAGGCCUGUUAUUUGCUGGCAGUGACGCUGAUACGAAUGGACUGGGCAAUCUACAGUCUGCCGCAGGCUCCGCCUUCUUCACUAUGGAGAACUUUGCCCAAGCUCCCGACGGCUUUGUGCACCCGGAGAGUCAACUCCUGGAAAACUUCUUGGCUAUUCCUGAUUACGAGUUCCCUUUCGAGGUUGAAUGAGCAAUGCGCGAACAGCCAAGCCGUCGAAGCUGGGACAUGGGUACCCGCGGCAGAGGCAGAGGAGCAUACAGUGGGGUCAUUUCCGGAGAGACGGUGGGCCCACCAUUGUAUGAGUGACUGUUUGCAACAAGGACCGGCCUGCCCGAGAUCCAUUCUCCUUCUGCAGCACAUUAUCAUUCUCGUCACCGUCAACAAUGCAUCAUCUGGGUCGAGCGACGCCCUCUUUCAAGUGAAAGUCUAUCUAAAAGCAGGCUGCUGCUUACUGACGAUCUCGCUUACCAACCCGACGCCGUCUCGAUUAUGGUAACAAGAUCUACGGCCUAGUCAUGAACGCCUGCAAUCCGCCGAAAUCAUUUGCUACCAUCAGCGCCGCCCGUUAAUGCUCUUUCGAAAGUCUCCACCAAUCUAGGAAUAUGACCCUCCUCGAAAACAAGCAUCGGUCUCAGGCGGACCGUUCUCGUCCCACAGGUGCCAAUGUUGACUCCGAAGCUCCUCAUUUUGCCGACAAGGGCAGCAGGAUUCUCUGUGUCGAAGGCAAUAUAUGUGCCAUUGCCCUUGCCUCGAAGGUUCUGGAUGUUGUCCGGAUACUUUGUCGCAAGCUUCUCCAGUGCGGCGUAAAGCUUGUCGCCCACUUGGGCGGUGUGCUCGACGAGCUUGUUAUCCAAGAUUUCGCUUAUCACGGCGUUGGACAUGAUGAUGCGUGCAGGAUCCCCGAUCCAGGUGUUAAAUUGCCGAUAUGCUUUAUCAGGAGUGAGUUGAUCAUCUCCGAAAAAGUAGCCGGCCGUCUGCGCUUUCUUGGAAAAUGUCACCAUGUCUGGAGGGCUUGCGAGGUUCCAGUGCUCGUGGCCCCAGAACUUGCCGGUGGCUCCGAAUCCUGUUGCAAGUGCGUCAGUAUAUGUGCAAAUGCAACACAUUGGAUUCUUUCAUACCUGUCUGCACUUCGUCAGCAAUGAGCAUGACGUCGUGCUCCUGGGUGAUCUUGCGGAGGCCUUGGAAAAAGGCUGGGGAGGCAUGGUUGUCGCCACCCUCACUUUGAAUCGGCUCUACAAUGACUGCAGCCACAGGACAGUGCCUAUUGCACAGGUCAAUGCAUCGUUAUACAAGACUUUCGAGGACGACUUACCAUGAGGUGAUGAGUUCCUCGACCUUCUUGAGGCAAGCUUCCUCCUCGGCCUUGUUUGCCUCGACGUUGUCCUCGAGGGGAUACUUCAAUGCAGGGAAAGGUGCCUGAGGCCAGUUGAAAGCAGGGAUAUCGAGUUUAUGGACGGCCUUUGAUCGGGUGGUGGACAAGCUACCAAAACCCCGACCGUGGAAGGAGUUCUUGAAGCUGAGGAUAGCCAGAUCAGGAGAUCCUGGAGCAGCGUUGUUCAUGCAAGAGUCGAUUUCCUCUUGAGUCCAUUCGACUCCUUCUCCUCGCUGCCGGCGUCUGUAGCGCAUAAACGCGGCUUUAUAUGCGAGUUCAUUCGCUUCCGAUCCAGACUGGGCGGUGAAGACCUUGUUGUGACCUUUGGGUGCUACUCGGAGCAAACCGUCCUUCAGCUGGGUGAGCCAGUUCUCGCCGGGAAAAUUACCAACAGCCGGACGAUUGACGAGCGCGAGGAUCAUCUGUGGAGACUUGGCGGCCUCGAUCAACCUGGCAUUGUUAUAGCCAACCGGGAUAGAAGCAAUCUGCGAGUACACGUCCAAGAAUUCGUUUCCAUCAACGUCGACGAUGAAGUUGUCAUGGCUUUUGGCAUAGUCGACGACAAAAUACACAGCUCGGGAAUCCCAGACUGGAUUCAACUUCUCGACCGCCUUCUUUGACACGGGCCCAGGCACCUGCCUGUGUGUGAAGGUGCACUCUUCGAUGAUACGACCUGGCAUGAUGGACCAACAGUGGGAGGAGCGUGUGUGAUUUCAAUGUUUUGGUGAGAAGUACGGAUACCGAGCUCCUGGCAUGGGUGGGCUGGGGGCAUCCAUAUAUUUAUACCCAUUUCAAGCAUCGCUUGCACUUUCCUCGUCAGAUG